AUGAAACUGUUGUUUGAAGAAACACCAAUUGAUGCACCGGAUCCUCUUGGACAGGAGUUAAUUCGACAUGCCACCUACUUGUCAGAAAUACUUGCAGGCAUUACAGAAAACAACUGGGCAUCUGUUUUGCAUGAAAAGAGUCUUACGGAUUACGAGCAAGUCGCAGGUGGACUUCUUCAUGGAAUAUUGACCAAUGAAAUCCAAUUUGAACGAUACUUUCAAUUAUUGGCGUUUGUUGUGAGAGAUGGAUUUGCUACCGUUAUUCACAAGCUCAAGUAUGUUUCGGAAACAGAUAAAUUUAAGAUGCUCAAUAGGUUUGCACAGAAACAGAGCAUCUGGCUUUUAGACAAACUUUUGACCACUUUACCAAUGACAGAGCAGCUUUCAUAUAUCAUACUACGAUUUAUGCGUCAGAUCAAACAUGGAAACUGUAGCAAAGAUAACAUAGCAUAUACCAAGUUUAUUGUGGAUUUUCUUACAUCAAAACGUGCCAUUAUAGCAAAAGAUAAAGUUCUUGCAAGGCAUGUUGUAUUCAUGCUAGUUCGCGCUAUAGCGGAUCAUUUACACCACUUGGAUUUGCGCACAAAAGAAAUGGCUUUAUUUUUCUCGCUUAUAUCAUCAAAUAUUCAAGACUGUGUAUAUAUUGGAAGAGAUUUUAUCAGAUCAUUGAUGGAAAUUUCAAAAAUUCCAUCCAUUGCAAAGCUUUUAUUGUCCAUUAUGCAAUCUCCUUCUCCAGAGUAUCCUAAUAUUCCAUCAUUAUCCGACUUUCUUGAUAGACCAACACCUCGCGAGUUUCUAAUUUCUCGAUUAACACCCGACAUGGAAAUUAGAAUUGUAUUCAUUUUAAACUCGGUUCCAAAACGACUUUCUUUUACUUUUAUAGAGCAAUUCAGAAAGCGUUUUUUGACUUUGGAAAGCGAAACAUUGCUUCCUGAUAUAAUUCGUUAUAUAUGCGGUGCUAUCCAUCCAAACAAUGCCAUUCUUGCUUCAGAUAUUGUUCAGCGCUGGCACUUGAUUUCAAUUUUGCUGCGCGGCAUCAAGGCACCUGCUUGUGCGCAGUCAUGCAAGCUUUCACUUUACUUUGAUUGGCUAUUUUUUAAUCAUGCGAGUGACAGUGUCAUGUCUUUAGAGCCCGGAAUUCUUGUAAUGGUAAAGAAUUUGCAGACAUCGCCAGCAAUAAGCGCAACCAUGCUAGAAUUCCUUGCCUUGAUCGCCGAUCGAUUUCUUCCGACUCUUAGUGCUCAUAUAUAUCAUAAUCUAAAACUGUCCAUGUCUAUUGUUGUGGAAAAGAGGGUGAUUACAUCGCUCUCUCUGAUAUUGCUUUCGCCUCAACUGGAUGAGUUUACCAAGGAAACUGUCACUAAACUGUUUGCAUCAGAUGAUGAUGCAUUGAUAGCCAAUACAAGUAUUGAUCAUGAACCGUUUAUUUCAGUUGAUAAUUCAUCAUUAAAUGAUACAGAUGAGUCUCAGAUUACAUCUGAUCCAUACCUGGAAUCCAUCACAACACAGCAAUUUGAUCAAUCAUACAAUGGUGAUUUAUUUGAUGCCGCAAAUAAACCAUCGGCUCAAGAAUUUUCUGCUGUCUCGGAUCCAGCAUCCUUAAAUCUUAAUACGGCAUUUACUGAAUACCAACCAGACUUUGCACAUGUGGCUGAAAUCAACACCGACUCAAUGAGUAACUCGUUAGAAGAUGCUGACUUGGCCAGUUCUACUUGUAUUCGUACAAAAGAUAUCGCUUAUGUGUGCGUUUUUGUAGACAUGUAUGCUAUUUUGGAGACUCUGGAAUCUCAGAUUUCCAAUCCUGAUCCUAUUUCUGAUUCCAAAAAACCCACCAUUGAAAUAUGUCAGCAGUUUCUUGAAAGUUUUAAUUCUCAGGCUACUGAAUCAAGCUAUGACACUAUUGCCAGUAGUCUGCUGCGUGUAUUACAUAAUGAUUUGAUAGAAUUUUGGCAGAAUUGUCCAGCCACAGUAUCAUAUGCGCAGACCUUGUUUACACUCAUGAUUGAUCAAUAUCAUGCAUCCACUUUAUCCAAAGAGUCUAUACAAUGUGUUGGGUUUGCUACGCAUUUAGCCAGUUUAGAUCCGAUUAUUUCUUCAAUAUUCUGUGUCAUAGAAAUGGAAAAACUGGACAGCUCAUCUGAUUGGAUAAAAUGUAGUUUUUGGAAAUCUGCGUUUGGCGACUUUGAUUUGGUUUUCAUGCUAAAGAUGAUUUUCGAUGUAUCCCUAGAAUGGUUUUACCGUGUAAUUCCGCGAGUGUUGCGUCAAUUUGAUGAUGUGCUGGUUGGAAAUCCCGAUUUAAUAUUUAUGGUUGUGUCUAUGAUUGAUUCUAAAAAGCUGGUUGCACUAAAAAUCGCACUGUACGCUAAUCAGGCUGCACUGUUUGGAUCUAAACUUGAACCAUGUCUUGCUGCCAUGUGUACCUGGUCAGCGAUUGAACAAUGGACAGCGUGGAAUCUACUUUCAGAAGAAAUUGGGGUUGAACCUGCUGAUAGUCCGCAACAGCUUUGUAUGCUUGCAUCUGUGUUUGCAUUGCUUCAGUGUCUUGAUACGCCAGAGAUUCAGAGUGGGGUUCUCAUGUGCACGGCUCAGGUAGCUCCAAGUGAGUCACUGUUACGGUAUCUAAUUACACCGCUUUUCAAGCCUGAUCUUUUUUGUACAAUCUGGACUCGGUGGUACCUUCGUUUUGGAAAAGAUAGAAUGCGUACUGCCUUGACAUCUGCUAUUGAUUUGUGUAAUCGCCAAGCCAACACAACAGACUCGUUGGCAUCUUUUCCUGAUCAUUCCAAUCCAAUGCAACAUACCACGCUAGUUCAUACCAACCUUUUAAAUGCUUCAGCCCCAGACCCAGAAUUUUUAAACCAGCUUCAACACAACAUUGCCAUCAAAUCAAAACUACUUCAAAACCAUGCCAACAUAAGCACAUCUGUCUUGACAGACUAUAUUGAGCAGAUUAGAACUAGAAUGAAAUCCGUAGCAUCGGUAAAAAAUAUCCUAGGUAAUGAGUGA